AUGUUGAUUUGUACCAAUCCCGACGAUCGCGUGAAGAAGCGUGGCGUGGUUCUGGAGGAGCUGCUGAGCUCGAUUAGCUUGACGUUUGCGAUGACCAGCCGCGACGAAGACGAAGGAGGAUUAGCAGCAUCAGCUCGCGACCACCUCGAUUUGCCGAAAUUGGUCAAAGCUCUGCUGUGGUUCUGUAAAUCGAACGGCAACAGAAUCCCCGCCAAGCAGAACUCGCUCGUCGCGCUCAAGGAAUUGUUGGUUUCUUCGUCUUUCCUAAGAUCUCCAAAUCCUAUUUGUAUUCCUGAGAUCUCCAAUUUCCCUCGUCAUAACCAAGCUCUCCCUAACUCUGAUCUUCCAGCUCCUACAGACCCCAACCUCGAAAUCCAACGACUGCUUCAAAUCAUCCUUAAACGAAGCCGGCACCGUCUCGUUCCUCCUAGAGAUGAUAAUCUCCUCCUCGAAAGAACACAGCGUGAGCGAGAAGGCGUUGGGGAUUCUGAACUAGCUCUGCGACGAUUCCAAGGGCAUAGCCGCUGUGUCGGGGAACUCCUUGUCGGUGGCCCUACUGGUGAAAAAGAUCCUGAGGAUAUCGACGACGGCAACGAAUUUUUCCGUCUCGAUGAUUUGGAAGCUCGGGAGCACGGGUGCAUGGAAGAGGCAAAGAAGAAGGCGAUGGCGGUUCUGAAGAUGAUGAAUACUUUCGGAAUGACAAUGCGGGCUUCAGGUCGGGGAGCUUCAAUU